GUGGACUUCGAUUUCUACAGCCAGACAAUGUUCAAUAUAAAGUUAAUCAUCCUGGUUGCCCUGACCAUCUCCAUGGUCCAGAGCUGUUCCGUUGAGGAGCCGGAACAGGUCGAGUGCGGGUGUGGGUGUGGCAAGCCGCAGUGCCUCUCUUGCGGAUCCAGAUCCUGCGGAUGUGGCUGCAACCCCUGUCGAUGUCCUUCCUCUUCCGGGUGUGGCUGCAAGGAUUAAUCCAGGACUCCAGGACCCCUUCAGAACUUUGCCUUCACAAAACCUUCGUUUUUCAAAUUAUUUGUUUUUCCUUUUCAUUAAAGUACUGAUACAUUUUGCAAACUUUCAUCUUUUCGCACUUUGUGCGCUCAAUUGUAAAGGGAGCGGUACAAUGAGCAGACAAUCAUUUUCAUUGCAUUGAUCACUUUUUUAUUCAUAUUCGUUCACUCGUUGGCAAAGUAAUUCCUUUGUUCUUUCCACCACGCUUUCUUGAUUUCCCCAGUUCCGAGUUCCGAAAUGGGAAAACAAAAGGAAAAGUAAUCAUAUCGGGACCCCAUUCGCCUGCCUUUUCCCUCGGCUACAUCUCGUUUGCACUUUUCUACGUGAAUUGCUUCCUUUGUCCUUUUAGCUGGAGUCCUGCAGUAUUUAAUUUCAUUUGAAGGAUUCCAAAGCCAGGCUUGUCUUCGAAUUGGAAAAGUAAAGAGUUUAUUUAUCCGUGCUAAACACACUUCGGUUCAAAUUGGCGUAUCUGACCAAGUUCCUCCUAGUAUCCUUUAAAUAUGGAUACAGAUGACCCAACUGUCGAGCCGCAGGAUGCCUGCGCCUAAUAGCCGUAAAAGCCUUAUCGAGUCAUUUAGUAUGAAAACAAGCAAUUAAAAUGAUGAAUAUGCAAUAAACGUGGAUUGUGUAUACAGACCCAUUCGCUGGCGAGCACAACCACUGCCUCUCAAAUAAAGGACAACUCAUACAUUUUAUAUGCUAAUGAGCGGCACAAAAAAAUAAAGGAGUCGACAUUUUUUGGGAGUGAAUUGAAAGGAAUAAGGCGAGCAUACAUUUGCCUAAUGAAAAUAGCGCCAUUAAAAUGGGAAAAACAACUUUAGAUACCGAAAUUCGAAACACGGCGACGUCUGGCAAUUAAAAGGAUACGAAUGGAACAAGCUCCUAUCAACUACCCGCUGUGAUGUUGAAUAUGUAUGCAUUCUAUCUAUAUAUAUAUAUGUAUAUAUAUAUAUAUCCACAUGAUCACCUAGCAAAUUAGAGAUUAACACGCAUGUGUCGUCCUUUUUGGGCAGUCCUUUUGACUUCUGGUUCAUUGACCGCCGCCGUGGCAAUAAAAGUAAAUGGAUCUGAAAACUUGGCGGCCGGUUUUAUAACUUAACGAAUUAGAGCAAUUUGAGAAGAACUAUAAAAACGUCCGGAAAACCGCAGAGGUAUGUUGAAAAUGUUUGGUGAAAAAUUUCCAGCGGCGCGUGCCGUUUCAUUUAGGUAAGGUGGGCCAAAUACCAAGGGGUGUGUUCAAUAGGCCACAACGGACAUUAGAACGCGAAAGGGAGGAUCCAUAUCAGUGGAAAAUUAAGUGCAUUUCGAGGACUUAAAAAUUGGUAAUUAGUGGGGGGAAUAGGGAGAAUGACGGGACACACCCGUGCCAGUUCAUAAUUGCUGUAUUGCUGCAUCUUGUGCUAUGCAAACAUAUUAAUUAAUUCGAGGCCUAUGCGCCUGUCAGUUGUCAGUUGUUGGUUGUUGGUUGUUGUUGUGCAUCGCAUCUUGGCCCAAACCGAUUCAGUGAGGGUCAAGUCGGGUCGGGUCAACAACUUAAUUAUAGUGCUUAGUGUGUGUGUUUUGCAUUUCAGCGUCCAAUUUAUUAUUUGUUUCUCC